CUUGUUACCUCAUAUAGACAGAUAGGCAGUCAAUGGAGGGAAGCGGUCACCGAGAUGUGGUUAUAUUCAUAAUAAACAAAGUAGAGCUCGUCUUCGACCAAACUUAAAUCUGGAAACAUCCACAACACAUUUAAAGUUGUUUUUAUUUCUUUAUUUAUUUACAUUCUGAUAGUGGCUAUUUGCAUUUAUAUUAAUCCUUGCGGUGGCAUAGGCCCCACUCGGAUACGCAAGGCCUUGUGUGUUUGUGUAAUAAUAUAUUGUUAUUACAGUUUGCUUGUGCGUUCCAAAUUUAUAUACAAAUGGCGGAUCAGAAUGCUUUGUUAAUGCAGCAGGUUUUGGACAGGAGUUGUUGGGUGUGCUUUGCAACAGAUGAAGACGACCGCACAGCUGAGUGGGUGAGGCCAUGUAAGUGCAGAGGAUCCACGAAAUGGGUUCACCAGGCCUGUCUGCAACGCUGGGUUGAUGAGAAACAGAGAGGCAACAGUACUGCCAGAGUGGCCUGCCCACAGUGCAAUGCAGAAUACCUCAUAAUGUUCCCAACACUAGGUCCAGUAGUGUAUGUCCUGGACCUUGCAGACCGCCUGAUCUCCAAAGCCUGUCCCUUUGCUGCAGCAGGGAUUAUGGUGGGGUCAAUCUACUGGACAGCAGUGACCUAUGGUGCCGUUACAGUCAUGCAGGUGGUAGGACACAAAGAAGGCCUUGAUGUCAUGGAGAGGGCGGAUCCUCUGUUCCUUCUCAUUGGACUCCCCACAAUCCCAAUCAUGCUGAUUUUGGGCAAGAUGAUUCGCUGGGAGGACUACAUACUAAGAUUGUGGCGCAAGUAUUCCAACAAGCUACAGAUUUUGAACAGUAUUUUCCCAGGGAUCGGAUGCCCUGUUCCUCGUAUUCCAGCUGAGGCCAGCCCUCUAGCAGAUCAUGUUUCAGCCACUCGCAUUCUCUGUGGGGCACUGGUGUUCCCAACAAUUGCCACCAUAGUGGGAAAGCUAAUGUUCAGCAGUGUCAAUUCUAACCUACAAAGGACGAUUCUGGGAGGAAUUGCUUUUGUUGCCAUAAAAGGAGCCUUCAAGGUGUACUUCAAGCAGCAGCAGUAUUUGCGCCAAGCUCACCGCAAAAUUCUAGAUUAUGCCGAGCAAGAGGAAGCUUGAGAAGAUGUGCAUGUGAAGCAAGGAACUCUGACUGCUGUACAGUGCAUCUUAUUAUUCACUACAUUAGAUUGUGCUGAGUUGGUUCCAUCAGUAACAUUUUUGCUAUAUGGGAUUAACAUACACUGCUGAUUCUUUUUCUCAAACCUAAUAAAAGCACUCUGUGAUGGUGAUACUGAUGGGGGGGGGGGGGGGAGGAGAAAACACCAAAUUGUCAUCUUUGAACCUAAAAAUGUGAUUUUAAUUUUUAUUAUCAUUCAUAUUAUUACAGUUGUAGCAUGUUUUGGCAUUACUCUGAUCUGGUACUGAUGGUUUGUAACAGUGGGAAAGGGUAGGUGUUGGUGGUUUAAAACAAGUUACCAUAUUUUAAUGAUCACCCAGCCAGUUAGUAAAAUAUUAAAUUGCUAAAGAUUGCUUGUAUUCUUUUGCUAGAGAUUGAUCUUGCUUUCUGUUGUCUGUUGGAAGUUGCCAGUCAUUCCUCAGUCCAGCACAAAACCUCUUAUCUGAUUUAUUGGAACAUUUGAAACAAUGAUCUUGUUAACUUUGAAAGGCCUACCUUUUGCAAACAUCUCAGUCUAUUAUUAUACAUACUUUAACCGUUAUCAUCUCCACUGGGGACACCUCAGCAAACCUGCCAUGAUUCAGAGUGAGCAGGCACUACCAAAAUGCUUUUUAGACAUGGUCGCUUCCCAUUUCAUACUUCAAGAUUGCAUGAGAUUUUUUUUUUGAUGUACUACUCAAUGAUAAUAUUGCACCUUCGGGGCGAAACGCUCCACAAAUAGACAUAUACAUGUACAGACAUUUUUAAAUCUUUACUUUCACUCUAGAAAUUGAGAUUUUGUUUGUGUUUCAAUUUCUGGAAAACAAAUACUGCAAUCUUUCUCUGUUAGAUUGUGUGAAUAUAUAAGAGAGUUGUAUUUUUGUUUUUUAAUAAAUGUUUUGAAAUCA